GUUAUCAUGUGGGCUCAAGUAAUAGAUAUUUAAUGAAAUAAAUUUUGCAAUGCGAUUUGUAUGUUAUUGAAGAAACAUUAGGGACUAAUAUGCAAAAAUAUUGGCUGGCUACUCUUCUGUAUUUGAAACCGAUUGGUGCAGUCUGACAGAUACUGCUGGACAUGUACGUCUAUCGAGUAAUGACUGACAGAUGUCAAGGGAAGCGCGUCUUUGAAAAACCGAAAUGAGAAGCGAAUGAAGUGAUUUUUCUAAACAAAAUAUUUGUGCUACACCAUGGCGGGGCUAUUCGGUUAUGGCCGUGAAGCAAUAAGAGUGAAAGUGACGAAAUGUGAAGGAGUCAUGCCCAGGGAACACAGGAAAUUUAGUGUUGAUCCCCAAAUAACAUCAUUUGAAGUACUUCAGAGUAUCUUGGCGAAAGCAUUUGAUAUUAAAGGGGAUUUCACAGUGUGCUACAGAGCAUAUGAUGACUGUGGAGAGGAGACGUAUUUACCUUUGCUUUCUGACUGGGAUCUAGAUGCUGCAUUUAUCAGUGCUUCUGAACCAUGCUUGGUACUUCAAGUGGAUAUGAAACCAUUUGAGGAAAGUUCAGAUGAAUGGGAGACCCCUGGGUCAGCUGACACUAAUCGUGUUGCUCUCUCAGAAACAAAAUUGCAAAACAGGCUACCAGGCAUAAUAAUGAACCAAGUGGAAAGAACAUUUAAUAUGGUGCAACGUGCUUUAAAUUUAGUUGAAGAUCAACAGCCAGCAUUCCUGAACACUCCACCAAGGCCCCCAUUGACAGAUGCUGAAUUUCGCAAAUUUCUUGACCCAAUAGGGCAGGUUAUCCAGACCCGUGAACUACGUACAGUCAUCUACCUUGGCGGUAUAGAACCAAGCUUGAGGAAAGUUGUGUGGAAGCAUAUAUUAAAUGUUUAUCCAGAAGGAAUGUCUGGGAAGGAGAGAAUGGACUAUAUGAAGAAGAAGUCUUAUGAAUACCAGUCAUUGCGUGAUUGUUGGAAAAACAUGGUGCAGAAUGGACAGGUAACCGAUGAACUGGCUUACGUUACGAGUAUGGUUCGUAAGGAUGUGCUUAGGACUGACCGACAUCACAAAUUUUAUGCUGGUGAAUUAAGAAUAUGCAGAAUGGUGGAAACAUGUGCUACCACCUCAGAUGCAGUUGCUGCUUUAACUCAAUAUGCUCUGAAUCACCCAACUGUAAGUUACUGCCAAGGAAUGAGUGAUUUGGCAUCACCACUUCUGGUCACUAUGGGAGAUGAAGCACAUGCUUACAUAUGUUUCUGUGCUUUAAUGAGACGAUUACAGUCAAAUUUUAUGCUGGAUGGUGUGACAAUGACUUUAAAAUUUCAACACUUAGCAGAAGGACUGAUGUAUUAUGAUCCUGAAUUUUAUGCCUAUCUCAAAAUGCAUCAGGCAGAUGAUCUAUUGUUCUGUUACCGUUGGCUACUUUUGGAGAUGAAGCGUGAAUUUGCAUUUGAUGAUGCUCUUCGAAUGCUGGAGGUAUUAUGGAGUUCCCUCUCACAGAUGCCCCCUGAAAAGGAAUUGCCAUUAUUUGAGAGAAGAUUCUGUGAAAAGUCUCCUGGGGAAUCACCACCACCAAUAAGUCCUCUGCUGAAGACACCUCGAGAAAACGCUUACACCAAAGUGUGUGCUCUUCGACGUCAGAGUUCAGCUGCAUCUCUGCAUACAUUUGGAAAUGGUGUACCUGCCUCCAGAAUAUGGCACAGACCUGGAUUAGCAGUUCGACAGAACCAGAGUUUGGACGAAACUGUUAUAGGUCAACGCAACAGCAAAGUUAAGCAUCAGGGUCAAGUGAAACUAUUUGCUAGUCUCGAUGACAGCAAUUUACAGUUAACAAAAGCCAAUAAAUCCCAUUCUACAUCUCCAAAUGAAGCUCUUUCUGAAUCAGAAAAUGAUCAUGUGAACAACAGAAUAAACAACAGACUCUUGGAAAGAACAAAUGAAGUUUUAUCUGGCAGCACAGGAAACUUACUUUCUCCCCAAAUGAAUGAGAAAAAAAGUUACAUAAAUGACAAGAAACAGAAAUUGUUGGGAGAUAAAAUUAUUUUCUCUUCCUUUGAAAAAAUCAACACAAGUCCUUCAAAAGAUGAAAUUGACAGAGCAUCUGGUAAAAGGAUUGUGAAAAAUCUGAAUGAAUUUUUAAGCUUUGCAUCACUUAGCAAAAAUCGGAGUCAUCCAGAAAAAGUUCCUGAUGUUAAACAGUCAAAGUUAGUAUGUCACAGUCUUCAGGAAAUCUCACCAGAAGGUAAAGAAGCUAGAAAUCAUGUAUCAAGUAAUGACAUAUCACACUUUAUUGCAAGAGAAGUGGAAGAACAUACAGACACUGAUGAAUUGUUGAAACAUGAAGGACUACCAGCUCAGGUAAAUGGCCUAAAUAGUGAUACAUUUUGUGAAAGUAGUUCUCCAGAUGAUUCAACAGAGUACUUCCCAAUGACAACAUCAAUGACACGAGAACUAAGACUAGAACUUGAGAAUUUGGACCGGCAGGUCUUUGGUUCUACUUAUAAUCACUGUGCAUUGAAUUUAGAAGAUUCUGAAGACUUGGAGUCGCCUUGCAGUGAGUCUUUCAGAUCAAUUGAAGCAAAAGUGGGAGGAGAAGAACUCGAUCAAAGAUGUGACUGUGUAGUAUCAAAACAAGAAUCAGAACUUCCAAGUGAUGACACAACUACUGAAGUUGCUGAAAUAUGCAGUAUUCCUGCUACUCCAGCUUUGAAACUGGAUCUUGAUAUUCGUUCAAAAGUCAGUUCUAUAGUAACACCUACAUUGUGUGAAAAUAGAAAAACAGUUGAUAUUGAGUGUGCAAUACAUAAUCUGGACAUUUCUUCAACAAAAAGCCAUCAUUUCUCACAAGCAUGUAGCCCAACAAUGGGAACUGGGGAGGAAAUCUUUGUCUGGGAGAACCCUCUUCAGUGUCCUACCACACCAGAUGAGCAGGCUGACUUGGAAUUUGAUGGUGUGGUUGUUAAUGCAAAUGACUCUGAUAACUGUUUUUCAUCUGUAAGUGCUGGUGAAAUUUUUGAGAAUGAAGGACAGUGUAUUAAAUCAAUAACACCAAUAAGAUUAUUACGUAAUAGCUCUAGUCCUUUGAAUUAUCAGAAAAAAGAGGAAACACAAUCGGAUGAUGCAAGUGAUAGUUCAGAUGGUUGGAUAGGGUCUGCAAACAGCACAUCUCAUCGCCAGCAGCAAAAAUCAUUGUGUACUGACCUAAGACUUACAGAUAGAGUUUCUGAAUCAGAACGACAAAAUUUGGAAAUAGUUCCAGAAUCAAAAGAAAAGGGAAAUAGGGAAUCAUUCCUCCCUGCAGCUAAUUCAGCAACAAAUUCUCUUGCAGAAUCACAGGAACAGUCCAGUCUUACAGCACACAAGAACUCCUCCAAUGCUACAUGUGUUAACAGUUCAUCUGUACUACCCACUGUAAGCAACUUAACAAAACAAAGUUGUCCAGUCACCAAACAAGCACAAUUUGUUGGAUCACAGUUACCUCCUCCACAUAAAUUUGGUGAUGGUAAUCCGUUCUUAAUGUUUCUCUGUCUCACUGUCCUCCAACAACACCGUGAUUUUAUAAUACGUAGUGCUAUGGACUAUAAUGAAAUGGCCAUGCAUUUUGAUAAAAUGGUAAGAAAACAUAAUGUUACGAGAGUUCUAAACCACGCAAGACAAAUGUAUGCUGCAUAUCUUAGACAGCAAGCUACUCUCAACAAUAAUGCUGAUAGUGGAGUUGAUUUAAAUGUGUAA